CGGGGCGGGGCCGCAGCUGAAGCCCCGGGAGCCGGGAGCUGAGAGCCGGGCCGGGCCGGGGACGCUGCGGGGCCGGCGGGAUGCAGGCUGUCCCCAGCUCUGCUCUCAGGAUGAGGAACUUGCUGCUAGUGUCUCUGCUGCUGGCCGUGACCCCUGGCUGGGCUGCGCCCAAGGACAGCGCCAACAGGCCUGAGGGCCCUGCUGCCGAGCCUGUUCCCAACCUUCUGCACCCCGAGCCGGAGGAGCUGCGGCUGUUGCAGCGUUACCUGCGGCGCGCCCGGCAGAUGGCACCGGAUCCUGCUGACAUGACGAGGGAGCAGGUGCUCCUCUACCUCUUCGCGCUGCACGACUACGACCGGAGUGGGCAGCUGGACGGGCUGGAGUUCAUGCAGCUGCUGAUGGAGGUGGUGUCCCAGCAGGCCCAGGGGCAGCCUUCUCCUGACGCGGUGAUCGUGGCAGUAGAUGGGAUCCUGGAGACUCAAGACCUGAACGGGGACGGGUUACUGAACCCCUCGGAACUCCUGCUGCCCCCAGCCCAGGGCCAGCCUCCCCCGCCAGCCCCGACUGACGCCCCCGCCGGAGAAGGGGUUGUGCAGUGGGCACCUGAGGAACCAGAGCAACUUGCCGCGGCCCUUGAGCUGCCCGGUGCCCAGGGGGCAGCAGGCCCCGGCGUGGAGCUCCCCGAGGCUGAGGGUCUCUUGCGGAGCCGGACGGGGCCAGAGGCAGCUCAGCCUGAAGAGGAGGCUCCAGGGGCCCAGGCUGGGGCCCCCAAUGCUGAGAUCUAGGCCCC